UCGACGGAGGAAUUGCGCAGCGCCAUGAGCAGCUUUGGUGGGACCAUGCGGGAAUAUCCGCACUGCUCCAUAGAUCGUUUCGAUCACGAGAAUCUGCAAGCCCGGGCUUAUUUCCUGUCCCACUGCCAUAAGGAUCACAUGCAAGGACUGAGAGCCCCUUCCAUGAAAAGAAGAUUGGCAUGCAGCUUGACAGUUUGUUUGUACUGCUCACCAGUGACAAAGGAGUUGCUACUGAGUAAUCCACGAUAUAAAUUUUGGGAGAAUCACAUUGUUGCCCUUGAAGUUGAAACUCCAACACAAAUUUCUCUAGUGGAAGAAGCAUCUGGUGAGAAAGAAGAUGUAGUUGUAACACUUCUGCCAGCUGGACACUGCCCAGGAUCCGUCAUGUUUCUGUUCCAAGGUGAAAAUGGCACAGUGCUGUAUACUGGGGAUUUCAGACUUGCCAGCGGUGAAGUGGCCCGAAUGGAACUUCUGCAUUCAGGGAGCAGAGUGAAAGACAUCCAGAGUGUGUAUUUAGAUACCACUUUCUGCGACCCCCGAUUUUAUCAGAUACCAAGCCGGGAAGAAUGUAUGAAGGGCAUACUAGAGUUAGUACGAAGCUGGAUCACUUUAAGUCCCUACCAUGUGGUAUGGCUGAACUGCAAAGCGGCAUACGGAUAUGAGUAUUUAUUCAUCCAUCUCAGUGAGGAGCUUGGAGUCAAGGUACAUGUGAAUCACUUGGACAUGUUUAAGAACAUGCCAGAAAUCCUCUACCAUGUCACUUUAAAUCGGUACACCCAGAUUCAUGCAUGUCGCCAUCCAAAGGAUGAUGAAUUCUUCAGGAGAAACAAAUUGCCUUGCGGAACAACUUCCCAGAAUGGAAAACAGUUGCAUAUAAUUAGUGUCAAGCCAUCCACAAUGUGGUUUGGGGAAAGGACAAGGAAAACCAAUGUAAUAGUGAGGACGGGGGAGAGUUCAUACAGAGCUUGCUUUUCAUUUCACUCUUCGUUCAGUGAGAUCCAGGAUUUCUUGAAGUAUAUUUGCCCGGUGAACGUGUAUCCCAAUGUGAUUCCAGCGGGUGCAACAGAAGACAGAGUUCUAGAAAUCUUAAAGCCGUUCUGCAGAAUGUACAGCAAAAAUAACGUGCCAAAGUACAAACCUCUUGGAACACUGAAAAGGACCAGAGUCUUGGAGUUUACUGAUGCAGAUGGAGGUGGUGAUGAUGAUCUCUUUGAUACUGAACUAGUUCCUCUAAAAUGCAAGAUUCCAAAACUGUUGGCAAAGACUACAUCCUCUCAGAAUAAGCUUCUUCCCAAAUACCAUCAAGACAGUAAUACAAGUUGCUUUAGGGCAUUUUCCAUGCCUAUGUUGAAAGUAGAUUUCAUAGAGUGUGAAGAAGCCAAUGAUGAGGAUGAGGAUGAGGAUGAGGAGGAAGAAUCUAAAAUAGUUUCAGAUGAAAUUCUUCCACGUAAUGCCGAUUCCGCUGCUGUCUUGCAAAAUACAGGACUGGUCUGUUCAGAGCCCACUUGCAAGCAAAAUGAGAACCAGCAGCAGUCUGAUUUGCAAAUACCAAAGUGGGAUGCCUUCUUUAAGUGUCAUAUGGAAGAUACAGACACCUUUGAACAUGAGGACAAUGCUCCACCUGUUACAGAUUCAAGUGAGCCCCAGUCCCCCAACCUUUACAGUGACAAUGAAGACUUGAGUGACUCUACUCAUAUCUCUUCCCAGAACUCUUCCCAGUCAACACACAUAUCGGAACAAGAGAGUCAAGGGUGGGACAGCCAAAUGGAUACUGUACUUAUUUCCUCACAAGAACGAAGGAUUCUCGAGCUCAGCUCUUUCAAGAGGGGACUAGACAGAGCGAUGUUCUUUGCAUCUCAUCUCUCUCCUGGGGAAAGCAAAAUGGACUUGCAAAGUGGCAGGCCUUGGGAGCAGGGUGUCCCUUCUUCCAACAAGAUAAGCUCAGAGUGCAAGGCCAAGGUCCAGGAGGUGAGCAGAGCAGCACCUACUCUGACACACAGUGUACAGACACAAUCAGCACCUGAGAGGUGCAAAGAAGAAAGCUGCACACUUGGCCCUGAAGCUCAGCAGGAUUCUCAGAGCUCUUCUGACUUUGAAGUCCCCCCCACCCCUGGGGCAGAGGUUCCUAAAGCAGACCAACUGUGCAACCUGUAUAUAAAGCUGGCAGCAGGAGAAAGCCUGAACUGACUGGGAAACAAACCAAAAGCCCUUCAUUUCUUUCCUAGCAGUCAGCCUGCUUAAAUCAUGUAUUCUAACCAGUGACCCAUGUGCAAUUCGAGUUUGUGCCUUUGAACCUGAUGGCACGUAUGGCUUCCUGGGAUCUUCGUCUUGCAUACAAAGUCACUCUUCUUGCAGUUAAUUUUUAAUAGGAAUGCACUACAUUCACCUAUUAAAAGACUUAAAGAGAAAAUAGUGGUCUAACCAAAAACAAAUUGCACACUGUAAUUCAGAGUUCCAGAAAAGAAACCAGUAACGUUCUAGUAGUUAAAAACAAAAAAAACCCUAAGCAGAAUGAUUGCAGAAACCAGUUUUGGUAAUUUGUAUACAGAUCAUAUCUUCCCAUAGCGAAACACUGAAAUUUCAAAUUCUGUCUCUAUAGUAUAUAUGUAGCAGGUAUUUGUCUUUAUUUUAUAAAGUUUUAAAUAUUUUAAGGAACACAUUUUAUACUCAUUCAGGUUUGUGUGUAUCUUUAGUUCAGAUUUGUGGUUCAAAACCUUAUUGUUUAAUGUUCUCCAAAGGGAGUUAUGCAUUCGUGAAAAGGGACACUUUUUGUGCACAAAACUUUUAAUUAUUUGAAGUAUACCCCAUUGACCCAAGAAGAGGGUACAUAUUGCAUAUGUGAAAAAACUGGCAUGGGACAGUGAAAAAGGGAUUACUGGGCAAAGUAUAGAACAGGCUCUGUUCUAUAAUUUCAAUGGGAGAAUUAAGAAUGUAAAAUGCUUAACUUCAGUUAGAUUAUGCCUGUUCUCAAAACUAAGGUGAAUGUGGAGGCAGACAGGAAUAUGUCACUGAGUAUGUUUGCAGGAAUAAGCAGUGAGAUGAUGCUGAAUUAUUUUUUAAAGGGGAUUGUAAAGAACUUCAAAAGAUCUCUCCUAAGGGGGAGAAUGGACAGUGAAAUGGCAAAUGCAGUUCAAUUUAAGCAAGUGGAAAGAAGAUUGGUUAAAAAAAAAUCUAAUUCCACAUAUCCGCUGACCCGUCAGAUCCAAGCUGGUGAUGACUGAGCAAGUGCAUUUCAGGUUGUAGUGAAUGCUUCAAUGAAAAUGUCAAGCUAGUGUGUGGCUGCUGUGAAGUGAGGCAAAUUCCAUGCUGGGUAUAUUAGAAAGGAAUUGAAAAUCUGCCCUACCAACUUAACCACCAUUAUCUAGGAAGAAAGGCCAAGUGCAAAUCAAUACUUAAGAAGUUUAGCUCAGGGUAAGCCUACCUAGUGACUUUUGUGUAAUGGCAAUAAAAGGCUUUGAAACCAAGUGUUACUAAAAAUGUUUGUAUGCAGGAGAUACAAGAAACAAUCUUUUAUUACUAUUCACAGUAACAAAUACUCAAAUUAUACUUUCUAAUACACACUGUUCAUAAAAUAAUUAAUCCAGUUUGACAACACCACAAAUAAUGUAGCCUGCCUUUAUUAUUUCCACCUACCUUAUCCACAGUUAAGAAACUUUUGGUUUCCUUUGGCUGCAACUUGGUCAUUUGACUUGUGAGUUGGCUGUGAUUGAGUGAUACAUUUUUAUGCAGUUCUUUUAGGGGGUAUAUUAUUAAAUACCACAUAUGUUGUCAGCUACCUCUUAUACAAUGAUCAACUUUCCUCUUUUCAAAUGUCACCUGCAGCUUUGUAUUUUCAAUGCUUCUUGACAAUUAUGGGAACUUAUGGCAUCUUCCAAUUACAAUCUUUGUUUAAACAAGUACUCAAGAAACCACAAGCUCUUCCAAAUUAAAACUAUGAGGCCAUUUCCACAGUAAUGGCUUCACAUUUUCCAGUAUCUUGAUCUGUGCAGGUAAUAUGUAAUGACCCAUCCCUAAGGAAAAAAAAGAAAGGUACUUUUAUAGCACAAACAUCUGAAAACUAGAAAGCCAUCUGUAUGCAAAGUCUUCAGAAGUGAAAUCAGUGUGUGCAUUUAUCAUCUUAUGCCUAGUCAUACAGGAAGGCCCUAUUCAGCACUGGUUCCCCUCCCUCUGCCAUUACAGAAAAACUGACAUCAUUCUGGGAAGAAUAAUGCUACUAGAAUUCUCUGAUACAGCCUUGCAACAGCGGACAGGUGUGGGAAAUCUCAGAACUGCUGCUGCCUACAAAGUGUAGUCCACUCUGUCAGUCCUAAUUGAUUGUGUAGAGAAGUGGGACCCCAGAAAGCAGUACACCAGUUACAAGAAUGAUGUCUAACAACUGACUGGAGCAUGAAGAACCAUGCUGUCUCAGAUGUUUCAAAAGUCUGGGAAAUGUAUUCAAUUUCAAGAGAGGAGGACUGAGCAAAAAGAGAACAGCUGUUUCCUCAUGCCCAAAUAUCUUACUUGGAUUUUUCACUGCAACAUUUUGGAAAUACGUAUGAUUACCAACACUCUGGACUAGAAAAAUCAUCAAAUUCUUCGGGAUUUGUAAUUUGUAUGCAAUUAAUGUAUUGAACCUGAGUAGUAUUUUUGUUUCUCAAUACCUUUUCAUUGUAAGAACAGUUAGUAUAUCAUGCAGACCGUCUUCCUUUACAUCUAAAUCCUGAAGUACAAUCUGUUCGAAAAUAAAGAAAAAUAUUGAAAUACUUUA